AUGGAUGAAGAACAACCGCACCCAACACCCAAUGCAUGGAGCAGCACUUUCACCAAUCCUAAAGAAACAUAUAAACGAAGAAAUCCCAUGCCUGAUCCUCUUUCACGAUCUCCUACACCAACUUUACCAAAAGUUGCAACUAAUGAUUUGCCUGCUACAAGCUCGAAUUCUCACAGAAAUGCUGAAGAUUUGUUUAAUAAAAAACCAUCCUCGGUAUCAUCUACUCAAUCGUCUUCUUACCUUUCUACUACCUCAAGCUUUCAUAAUCAGGAACUAAAAGAAAAAGAGAUAGAAAAAGCAAUCCCAGCACCGUGCAUAAUCAAAAUCGAAAGCCCUACUCAUUUGAAGAAUCAAACUCAAAAGUUCUCUACUUUUCAGAAACAACAAAACAACAAACACCGUUCCAAUUCAGAACCCAUCAAAAAAAUUAUUCAAGAAUCCCAGCUGCCGAAUCCAGACCUUGGUGCGGGUUCCUCCAAGAACCAGCACCAAACACCAGUACAGAAUGAUCAUGCAGGAACUUCUAGACCGGGCAAAGAGAAGAUGACUCUCCUCAAUAAUGCAAAAUUUGGGUAUGGUGUGGACCCAGUUCCGAAAAACAGGCCUCCAAAGGGAUGUACCACUGACAGCAAUAUUUCUAAAGCGGCUCGGUCAGUACAUGCAUCAGAAAAAACAACGGAAGAAAAGGAUAAAAACAAUGAUCCCCACCAAGUUCCAAAGAAUGCCACAACUGAUGAAGCUCCUUCUGUCAGCCGAAAUGAAGGAAUGAAUAACAACUUUCAUAUCCGCACUCUUUUUGGGGACCCGACAAUAAUUCCUCUCUCUGCUGCUGUGAUACCAGACGCAGGUCGUGCUAAGAUUUUUCAGCCCCAGCAACUUCGAUCAAUAAUGCCAGGCACUUCAAUACAUGCACCAACAACAACUAACGAACCAGCGGAUCAAAAUACUCAGGUUAAUAUUGUUGUGACAUCAAAAGAUGGAGAACCUCAUGUAACGGUUACCCACAACCAAUUCUUACCCCCUCCCCCAGCCCCUUCACCCACCUCUGCAUCCACCCCUACUCCAACACCUUCUACACCCUUGCACACCUACAAAAGAAAAGAAAAACACCCUAGGAAAAGCUUACCUCAACACCUCAACAUCCCACCAACACUGGAAUUUGCAGCCUCACCUCCUACACCUAAAAUUUGGAAGUUUGCAUCUGUAGCUGCUCUCACCAAACCAAAACCUAAUAGAAAACUACAAUAUGAGGUUCCAACAAUUAGAACUCGCAAGCCUAUAUCAACAAGAUUUCUCCACCCUGAUAACUCUGUUCGAUCCUACAAACCAAACCAAAAUACCCCUACCAACCAAAGCUCUUCAAACCAAAACCAAUCCCCCAAAACCAAACCUGCUUGGCAUCUUUCUGUUGACAAUGAGAUUGAGGCUGAAGCUUCAGCUGCUGCUAAAGAAAAGCGAGAUGUUGGAUCAAGCCAACACUUGCAAUCAUCAUGA